CGAUUAGGCAAUGCACAUGUAACACUGAAGCCGUGCAUCGUGCCGAGGCCGCGAUUUAGGGAUGUCUGGCACAGUUUCUUGUUGCAGGCCAUUCGGAAUUAUUCUCAUCACCCAACAAGUACAAGGGGAAGGUUGCUGUUCACUACUUCACCAUGCGCUUGGUCGUUAUCGUGUUAGCCAUAGUAGCCACUACUAUUGCAAGCGGAAAUGCCCUCCCUUCGGUCCAGGGCAAGGUCCAUGCUGCUGGACUACCCGAAUCAACCAACAGGCUUCGCACCGUAGAAGACAACAAUUCGAAGAAUUCCGACAGGGGUAAUUCUGUCAACGAUCGCAAUAUCGAAGGGGAAAGCGGGAACUCGCUCGGGGAUGACGGCUUAACCGAAGAAGAACGAGGCCUUGUUUCCUGGUAUUUCCUGUUGGGGCCGUUGUCCAAGUCUCGCAGCAAAGUCGAAGCGGCCGAAAGGCUUCCAAGACAUCGUAUAAUACGUCCAAUUCUCUCGAAGAUAAAGAGUAGCAACGAGAAGUUGGCCAAUGCCAACAAGGCCAUAAACAAAUCUUAAGGUCAAGCACACUGGACAGGUUUACAAACGUAAGACAUAUAACUCGAAAGUGGGCACUAGUAAGGACUGCUAACGAGAAAACAAAAAUCUUACAGAAGCCAUUGCAACACCGUACCGAAGCUAAGAUUAGCAAAUUGCUGUCUUUUGAAUACAACAACUUACCUGUGG